UAAAAAAUAUUAUUGUUGCUUCACCGAGCAUCACUCUAAUCGAUCGGGUUGGCGAUGAGUAUACAGCCGCACUUCCAAUGCAAGUCACCACAUAAGCAUCAAGGGCCUGCGCUCGGCCUCGACUCGACCCCGACCGACUGGACCCAGUCGGCUAACUCUCAUUAUCAGGGUGCGUGGACAGCAUGGAUCAGUGACGCUUCCGGGGCCCCUCUCCACUGUCACCUGACCUUUGGGCGUGUGCCUGUCUGAUCAGUCGUCAUGGCGCUGUACCAGGGCCACUCCAUUAACUCCGCCCCUGAUGACCACAAUGAGGAAGCCACACCGCUUUUAAAGAAAGAAGUGGAGGAGGAGUCAGCAGUGCCCCCUCAGUGCUGCUCUGCUCGCUACAACCUGGCAGUUCUGAUGUUCUUUGGCUUUGCUGUGGUCUAUGGACUGCGUGUCAAUCUUAGUGUUGCCAUGGUUGCGAUGGUCAAUGGAACUAGUAUUCGCCCAGUCAUCAACGGCUCCUCUGUGCAGGCAUGUCCAGCCCCCAGCCCUGGGCUGAACAACAGUAGCAACAGUGUAGAGCAACCAGAUGGGAUCCCCCAGUAUGCAUGGGACCCUGCCACUCAAGGGCUGUUGUUGGGAGCAUUCUUUUUUGGGUACCUGCUGACCCAGAUCCCAGGGGGAUACCUGUCUGGGCGUCUAGGAGGGAAGAUCUUCUUGGGCGGGGGGGUUAUGGGCACGGCAGUCCUAACCCUCCUCACCCCACUUGCUGCUGACCUUGGGGUCCCCUGGCUUUUCACUCUGCGGGCACUGGAAGGCUUUGGGGAGGGUGUGACGUUCCCAGCAAUGAUGGCGAUGUGGGCUCGCUGGGCUCCGCCCCUGGAAAGGUCUCGCCUCAUGACCUUCUCGGGAGCAGGGGCAAAUUUUGGUGCCUUUUUAGCCCUGCCCCUCACAGGCUUCAUCUGCAACACCUUGGGCUGGCCAGCAGUCUUCUAUUGCUGUGGGGGUGCAGGCUGUCUGUGGGGAGUGUUCUGGUUCAUCUUUGUAUCAGAUGAUCCUCAUUCUCAUCCACGAAUCAGUAAGCGUGAGAAAGAUUACAUCAUCAAUUCCAUUGGGUCUCAGGGUGGCGCCCAUGGUUGGUCAGUGCCUCUGACAUCCAUACUGCUCUCUGUGCCGCUGUGGGCAAUCAACCUCGCUCAGAUGUGCUCCAACUGGUCAUACUACACACUACUGACCUCACUGCCUACAUAUAUGGACACCGUGCUGCACUUUGACCUUCGGCAGAAUGGGUUCCUGUCUGCUCUGCCAUAUCUAGGUGGUUGGCUGUUUUCUGUGCUGUCAGGUGUAGUAGCAGAUCACCUCCUGGAGAGGGAGCUGUUGAGUGUCACUGCAGUUCGCAAGAUCUUCACUCUCACAGGUCUUCUCCUGCCGGCUGCCUUCCUGGUUGCUGUUGGCUAUGUAGGCUGCAGUGGAGUGCUUGCUGUGACCUUCCUCACACUCUCCACCAGUCUGGGGGGCACUAGCGCAGCCGGAGUCUUCAUCAACCAGAUCGACAUUGCACCGCGAUAUGCAGGUGUGCUUUUGGGAAUCACCAACACCUUUGGGACCAUCCCAGGGGUUGUAGCGCCUAUUGUCAUGGGUUACUUAACCAAAGACCACUCCUUGGCUGGGUGGAGGAAUGUGUUUUUUUUGUCAGCAGUGGUGAGUGCGGGUGGAGCCCUCAUCUUCACCCUGUUUGGCACUGGGAAGAUCCAGAGCUGGGCCCUUGGAGAGGAGGAAUUCGAGAGGGAGACAGAGGGAGAACAGGUGGACACUCCAUGAACAUACGGGAAAAACUGACCGGCGUUUGGCCCGGAUCAAAGGCCAAAGAGAUGCACCAAAUUGUGCAAAACAACACCCUUCCUCAUUUUCAGUUUCUUUCAAGCCAGUCUGAGAUAUAAAUGUUUGAUAAAUUUGUUCAAUACCACUGGUAUUGACUUCAAUACCAUGUAAAGAUUACUCUCUAGUGCCAGUGCUUGACUCCUACUUGACUUAUACUGUUUACAUUGUGUCUUUACACCACUACUUCAGGGAUGUCCCUUCCUGUGACUGUAAUAGUGCCUUUAAACAGUGGUUCCCAAAGUACAGAUACAUUCCUAAUAAGCAUCAAGACAAGGAGAUAAAAUCAAACACAAACAUUAGAAUGGUUGUAUGUGUGUGUA